AUGCAUCCGCUGGUGAUUAGAGAGUUGGUCGUUCGCCUUUGUCAUCAGCACGACCUGCUGGUCCCGCCUCCGGACGAGGACAUAGUCCAACAGCUGUUAGCGUCGCGACCGAGGGUGCAUCCGGAUCUCAUCCUCCUCCGACAGAAGGCGGGAGAAUGUGUUAGUCAGAAUGAGGCCGGGUUCUGCGCAGGUACGUAGGAGGAUCAGGUCAUUGGAACCGUCGAGACCACGGGGACUCAUCAAUCCUCUCCAGGCAACAUGGUUUGUGUCGACGCUGGCGUUGAAGUGACACAGGACAACAAACUUAUCCGCCUUCGGCACAGUCGCCAGGAGGGCGUGCACGUCCUCGUGGAAUUUGUUUUUUGCCUUUGAUGGGCGUAGACGUCGACGAAUAUGCCGAAUUUGCCUCCCCGAUGAUGCGGGCGGAGGCUUAUCAAACGAUCGUUCAAGCCCUACUGCAGACAGGGCAGGGGUUCCACGAUAUCGUUCCGGGUGGCAAAGGUGACGCCCGCGUCUCGUCGGUCUGCCCUGGGGCGGCCGUUCCAGAAGAAGGUGUGGCCGGGACCCACCUCCUUCAUUUGGCCUUACUCGGAGAAUCGGGCCUCGCUAAAUGCGACACUAUCCACCACAUGUCACUCCAGUCCCCGUGGUACCAGCGUCGACCUCAGUUUCUGUCGGCAGUUCCUGAUAUUGUGUAA